AUGAUGGCAUUUGACAUUCUGGACCGUCCAGGUGCUGCAAUAAUAGACAAAUUGGAAGAAAUAAGCAUAAAUGUUGAAAAAAGUCACCUUGCUUAUUUACAAAUGGAUGAGAGUGAGGAGAAGCUUGCGUUGAGACACAAACUUGAAGGCUUCAUAAAAGAGUACCUCCAUCUAGUGCCUCACGAGAACAAGUACGUGUUCGAGCAAACAGCGCAUAUAUUGCACCAAUCAGCAGCAAUCCUUCCUGACUUCAGCGGUUACCGAGCUUGUUCCGCCUGGAUCGCCAUCUCUCUGUACGCCGCGAACCUCCUAGCCCAGCCUUGGCGCAAAGAGUACCGAACCCUGCGAACUUACAGCGGGUACUACAAGCACGAGAUCGAAACAAACUUGAUAGGCGCUGAGCUGAUGUUCGAGCUGAUGGGUUACAAGCCGACCCUGCACGAGCGAGGCGUGAUGACUCUCGAAGGACCCAUAGACCCCGACCGAGUGUCCUUCGUGAGCCGUGACGCGAUCGUCGCCUUCGUCGAGUGCCAGAUAAUGAAGCAGAUCUGGGAGAACGUGUCGCAAACCUUCACCGUUUCUUGGUUAGAAGUCCUCGAGUUCCGCGAAAAACACGUUGGAACUCCUGAGAAUGCAAUCCGCGCCCUCAAUCACAGGUUCUGGGAACGGUGCCAACAAAGACGCAAGAAUUACGACUUGCAUUAUGCGCAACCUGCAAUUAUAAAUUCUCCAAUUAAUGAGUAUCAAACUGGAAUUAAAUAUCCUAUUAAUUACAGGCCUGAUGUCGUUCCGGUUCCUGGAACAAGAAGUUCAGUUCCUGGAACAGCAGUUCUAGGAACUGGAAUAAGAAGCACCGUUCCUGGAACAGCAGUUCUAGGAACUGGAACAAGAAAUACCGUUCCUGGAACUGCAGUUCUAGGAACUGGAAUUCAACGAGUUCCAAUGCUCCCUCUGGCGGCGAACUAUGUUCCAGAUAAUUAUCGGUACGAAGAUUUAAGGUACUUUGAGUCUGAUUUAAACAAUCACUACAAUCAAGUCUACGGAGUUCCAACUUACGCGCAUGCGCCGCUGAUUGAGUUUGACGGUUCCUACGAUAAGCGGAGCCACCGUCGCAGUAAGUCUUCAACGACGGCCAUUAAGCCGCCUGAUCAGUUCGACGGAGGGAACAAAUCUUCGCCGAUAAAAACUUCAAUGAGUCUUGACUCUGCAACGGCUUCCAACGACUCUUGGGAUUUUGUAUAUCGCAGCCUGAAGGAUCUUGGAUACUCUAAAGAUGUCGCUGAGAGAGAAGACGUUCUGAGGAACGAAAGGCAGAGUAAGCGAAGAGAGAGUUCUGACAAGUUCGAGGAACGACGUCGUUCCAGAAGUUCCAAGAACGCUAAUUAUAAUGGAAAUUCUAAUCCCAGGAUUGACAAAGCGCCAUUGAUAGAUUUGGGCGCGACGUACAAUUAUGAUAGUGAAGGGAGCGAUUUGAUGGUUGAGGUUAAGGGAAGAAAUAAGAGAGAUAAGGAUCAGGUUUGCGAUCUUGUCAAGAAUAUGAAGAUUGAUGGUGCAGCUGAAGCGACCUGGUCUUGCUUGACCUGCACGUUUUUUAACGCCGCGGGGAAGGAAAUUUGCGAGAUGUGCGGAAAGUCUAGGAGGAAAGGUAAUGAAGAUAUUCCUUUGGCCAGUGGUGGGAAAGUGUGUCCUAAAUGCACGCUUGUUAAUGAGAAAGAAGCUUUUGUUUGCGAAGCCUGUCAGUUUAACCUCAAAGACUCGCCUACUUAUAUUUAA